AUGCUCUUUUCCGUGAAGCUUCAAAAAGAGGCAUAUUCUCCUUGGAAACCGCAAUACAUCGACUACGAAAAACUAAAAAAGUUAUUGAAGGAAAAUGUGGUUUAUCAACCAGCAGCACCAUCUGACAAUGCGUCACACAACCACAACAAAAAAUGGACAGAAAAAAAUGAAAGCGACUUUGUUCACCAAUUGGACUUGGAAUUAGAAAAAGUGUACUCUUUCCAAUCAGCAGAAUAUUCAAGAAUUGAUUCUAAAAUCACCGCUUUGGAAAACAUCAUUGACAGCAAUGUUGUCUUACCGGACGCAUCUACCUCAGUUACCAACGAACAAAACCAACUUUUCUUGUCCAACUUUGACUACAAAUCCUUCCAAGACAGUCUUGAAGAGACCCUUAAUUUGGCUCAGGAGUUGGACCAUUUUUCUAGAUUGAAUUUCACCGGGUUUAUCAAGAUUGUGAAAAAGCAUGAUAGGUUGCACCCAGAAUACACAGUUAAGCCAUUGUUGAAUGUCAGACUUAACGAAUUGCCUUUCCAUUCCGAAGAUUAUUCUCCAUUAUUAUACAGAAUCUCUGUUCUCUACAACUUUUUGAGAGAAAACUUCCAAUCGAAAAUCAGCUCUUCAAGCUUCAACAACUCCAUGACGUUGAAUUCUGUCAGUUCCAAUAAGGCCGUCAGUACCGCUAACUUGGAUGACUCAAAAUGUUUCAAGUCAUUCAAAUUUUGGAUUCAUCCUGAUAACUUGAUGGAAGUGAAAACAAAAAUCUUGAGACACUUGCCGGUGUUAAUUUAUAAUAAUAAUUCAGGCUCAGACUACUCCAAUGAUGAAAAUGACUCGAUCAUUACCAGCUUAUACUUUGACAAUAGCAAUUUUGAUUUAUACAAUGCGAAGUUAUUGAAAAAUAACAACAGUCCAACUUUGAGAUUGAGAUGGUCUGGUAAGUUGAUUGAAAAGCCAGAAAUCUUUUUAGAAAAAAAACUUUUCCACGACAGCACCGACACGGAACCUGCUCAUAAUAAUGACGAAGUUGAAAAGUUGGUUUCCAUCAAGUUGAAGGAGAAAUACAUUGAAAGUUUAGUCAUUGACGCCAAUGACCAAACUGCUUUCAAUAAAAUAUUGAAAAAAAUCAGAAAGAGAAGCGAUGAUAAUUCCCAAAUUGAGAAAUUAACCACUUUACGCAAAUUUGUCAUUGAAAAUGACUUGGAGCCUACCCUCAGAUGUAUAUAUACCAGAACCGCUUUCCAGAUCCCUGGUGAUGAUAGGGUGAGAAUCAUUAUUGAUAGUGACAUUCUCUUUAUUAGAGAAGACUCUUUUGAUAAAUCAAGACCAAUCAGAGAUCCUCAAAGGUGGCACAGAACCGAUAUCGAUUCGAAAAUCGACAAUCCUUAUAGCUUAUUGAGAAAAGGUGAGUUUGUGAAAUUUCCAUAUUCAGUGAUGGAAAUCACCGUCCAAGAUGUUGGGGCCACAAGUGCCAACCCAGUAACUUCCAGUGGCGUGGGGACCAGUACCGAACACCAAAAGAUCAAGUUAUCCUUCAGCAAAAAAUCAGGUAAAUGGAUUGAGGAGUUGACUUCGUCGCAUUUGGUGAAAGAAGUGCCGAACUUUUCUAAAUUCAUUCAAGGGAUUGCCUCUUUACACACUGAAGAUGAUAAAUUGGAUAUUUUACCAUUCUGGUUGCCAGAGUUGGAAAAAGAUAUCAGAAAAGAUCCAAAGGACGCUUAUGAUGAAGAACUUAAGCAAAUGAAGGAGCGCAAGAAAUCGGUGUCUUUAAUCAAUAAAGUGUCUACAUUGUCUUCACCAAAAUUGGCUGCCACUGAUAGCGCCAGAGAAAGUAAAAGACAAAUGGUGAGCAAAUUAUUGAUGGAAAAGACCAACAUGAAGGCCAAUUUGGAAGACUAUGACUCUUCUGAUAAUGAGGAUGAUGAUUAUCUUGCCAGCACCUCCAAUUCUGAGGAGUUUGGAUUUGAUGAUGAAGAUGAAUUCAUGCCACAGCAACCAAGAACAGUCAUUACCAACGGCUCAACUUUCCAUAAUUUCCCUCGUCAACCAACAGUCAUUCAUUCGAAGUUCCAAGAUGCUGAAUCUGAAGAUGAAGAAGUUGAAUUACCUCCAGGAGUCAAAGAGCCAAAGAAUUUCAUUAAGAAUGCUGGUCCAAAUAAAGUCGAGGCUAAAGUAUGGUUGGCUAAUGAGCGUACUUUUAUCAGAUGGCUUCACACGUCAGUGAUUCUUUUCCUUUUUGCCACCACCAUUCAAAAUUCUACCAAGAAAUCUAAUUUCCCAGAGUUGCAAAGAUGGAUUUCUGGAAUUUAUUUCCUCGUUACCCUUUUCAUCUUGGGAUGGGGGUACCACAUUUACAAGAAAAGAUUGAGAAUCAUCACUGAUCGUAGUGGAGAACAUUUGGACAAUAUUUGGGGGCCAAUUAUUGUGGCCGGAAGCUUGUUGUGCAUUUUGGUGAUCAAUUUCAGUUUAGGGUUGAAGGACAGUUUGGUUCAUCAUGAAUUGAGUGGAAAAUUGAAGAAUUUGGAUGGUAAUACUAAAGAGUAUUUGAACUUCUUUGUGAAUAUGGUUGGUGGAGAUGUGGAACUUAUUAAUUGA